CCCGCCCCGCCCAGCCCAAUCAGGCGAGGCGCUGCUGUGGGGGGGUCACGUGGCGCUCGGCGCGUCCUUCCGUCCGGCCGCGCGCGGGGCCCUCGCGUGGGAGCCGGGAAGGGCGAAGGCGCCGGUGCCGCCCGGCCAUGCUGGUCAGCGAGAGGGUGAAGCGCCUUUUGAAGCUGGUGCCCGGGGAGCGGCGCUUUGGCUUUUACAGGUUCCUGCCCUUCUUCUUUGUGCUCGGCGGAGCCAUGGAGUGGUUCAUGAUCAACGUCCGCAUCGGCAAAGAGACCUUCUGUGAGUGGGAUGAUGUCUACCGUAGGAAACAAUCUGAAAGACUGUACGAGGCAAGGAUGGAGAAAGGGGAAUUUUAGCUGAAACUCUUCAAGGGGGAGCUCCUGAGUCCUUCAACUGUCCAAGUGCCAAAGCAGCAGCACUGCCACGUUGAAGGUGGGGGAAGAUGUUGGCUCUGCAAGAUGAACUGUGAUCCACACGUGUGUGUAAUGCACUCAGAUGGUUCUUCCAUAUCUGUAAUAUUUGUAUUUAAAUGAAGUGAAAAUUUCAUUGUAUUUGGGCCUCUGCCACUAAUUUAAUGUUUGCUUAGUGCUUUUAAAUAAAGUAAACUGAGUAAACAGUC